AUCAAGUUGCACCUUCAAUUCUCUUCUCUUCCCUUCUAACCCAUACCGUACCUGCAGACCAAGAGAGAGAAAGAAAGGAAACCAUUAACCAUAUAUCCCGGCCACACACACACAUACAGUUACAAACAGAUAGAGGAAGAGACCAAAACCAUACCAAAGACGAAAACCGUAAGACUCAAAAUUCCCAUCAUUCUCUUUCAUUCUUCUUCUGAAAUAGCAACAACGACUGCAGAUGAAGAGCUGCGAGUUGUGCAAGGUUCCGGCCAGGACCUUCUGCGAGUCCGACCAGGCCAGUCUCUGUUGGGACUGCGACGCCAACGUUCACGGUGCUAACUUCCUCGUCGCCAGGCACACAAGAACCCUCCUCUGUCACGCCUGCCAGUCACCCACGCCCUGGAAGGCUUCCGGCGACAGGUUAGGCAACACCGUCUCGCUUUGUGAGAUGUGCGCCGGCGGCAACAAGGUCUCCGCGGAGGAGAGCGAAGGAGGCAAUGACGACGACAUAGACACCGAGGACGACGAUCUUGAAGACGAAGAAGAGGAAGAGGAUGAUGACGAUGACGAGGUUCCCGCCGACGACGAGGAGGAAGAAGACGGGGACAACCAGGUGGUGCCUUGGUCCUCUACGGCGCCGCCCCCGCCGGCUCCGAGCUCAUCCAGCAGCGAAGAGUCGGUCAGCCGCCGGUGCAACCACGCCGACGAAGAGGAUUUUUCUGAGGCAGUUCCCUUAAAACGGCAUCGUCACGAUGUGGAUCAUGAUGAUUUUCUGGAGGGUUCGAAAGCUUGGAGAUAUAAACGGAGAUACGGGGGGGAGUGGAGAAAGGAGGUUGGUUGGUUAGGAUACGGCGGCGGAGCACGGCGUUGAGCACCGGAAGGAGUAGCCCGGCGGCAGCGUUGUCGAUGGGGAGUUUUGAUGGACCACGCGGUUGCAGGUUGCUUGCAGUUGCUGAUGCGUUGGUAGAGCCUCCGAAACCGUUUGAUCAGGAGAGCACGUGGCGUUAUCUUAGCCGCACGAUCUUUUGGCGUUGGUACUAUAAGAAAUUAUUUGUGCUUCAGCUCUUUGAUUAACACCCUCUAACAGCACUCAUGACGGU